AUGUCUUUGACUGCCGAUCCACCAGCAUGCACUGUUCCAGCAGCCGGAGGAGCUUCUACUCACAAGCUUGUCAAUGGAGGAGCUGAUAAGCUCAUCUUCAAGAUCAAGUCUUCGAACAACAAUGAGUACCGUAUCACUCCAGUGUUCGGAUUCAUUGAUCCAUCUGGAUCAAAGGAUAUCCAAAUCACUCGUACUGCUGGAGCACCGAAAGAAGACAAACUUGUCAUUCAUUUCGCCAAUGCACCAGCUGAUGCAACUGAUGCUCAGGCUGCAUUUGCUUCAGUCACUCCUGCUGGAACUGUCACUAUUCCAAUGUCGGCUACUGCUUAG